ACUUCUUCCGUAGCGUACCACGUUGUGACCAUAAGAUUCAGUCUGAGAGAAGCAGCAGAGCCUGUUUGUCUGGAUAAACUUGUUGAAGCGGACUUUGUGUAAACUUUCAGGAUGUUUCAGCCCAGACUCAUCUCCUGUUAGCCAACAAUGCUGAUGGAAGGUAGCGUAACUAUCUAGCAGGAAAUAGACGGAGCUCGGCCUCACGGUGCUAGUCGGAGUAGCUUCGACAGAGACCAAACUGUAUUUUUCACGGAGCCCAAAUGUCCAGAUAGAGCUGUGUGAAUAGACUCUGUGCUGUUCACUUUAUUUGACGCUGUUUUCCAUCUGAACGAUCUGCUGCUGUCCGACGAAGCUAAUGAAGCUAACUUAGCCUGCUAGCUGGAAAUAGACGGAGCCGAGCGUCAUUUAAUCAUCAGAGAGAACAAACAGUUUCUAACGGAGUGAGUCUGGAGGAAAAGCUGCUGUGAAUCAGUCAAAAUGUCUAAAGUCCAAACGCUGAGAGCUUUUGUGAAGCAGCGACUAACUGCGGCUGCUGAAGAGAUAUUUGAGCAGUUUGAAAGAACGAUAGCAGAGUACGAGGAGGAAGUUUGUCGACAACAGAAACUACUGGACGCUGUUUUCAAGCCUGAAGUCCGGUUACACAGAGCAGACGUCCAGCUGCUGUUGGUGAGGAAAGAAGAGGAUCCUCCUGAGCAGCAGGACUGGAGAUACAGUCUGGACCAGGAGGACCCAGCAGAGCCGCCUCACAUUAAAGAGGAACAGGAGGAGCUGUGGACCAGUCAGGAGGGAGAGCAGCUGGGAGGUCUGGAGGAGGCUGAUAUCACCAAGUUCACGUCCCCUCCUGUCCCUGUGAAGAGUGAAGAAGAGGAUGAAGAGGAACCUCAGUCCUCACAGCUUCAUCAGAGACAAACUGAGCAGAUGAGAACAGAAUCUGAUGGAGAGGACUGUGGAGGACCAGAACCAGCAAGGACCUCAGAUCCAGAUACACAUUUACAACCUCAGACUGAUGACAGGACUGCAGAUUUUUCUCAACUUAAGGAAAAAGUCAGUGAUGAUUGGAAGAAAUGCAGUGAACCUGAGUCAGGUUUAAACUGUCUGAAAAAUAACAGUGAAUGUCGUUCUGCCAGGAAAUCAUUGAGCUGCCUUGUGUGUGGUAAACGAUUCAGCCAUAAGUCAAAUCUUCAGACACACAUGAGAAUUCACACAGGAGAGAAACCCUUCAUUUGUUCUUUCUGUGGAAAACGAUUUGGAGAAAGCUCAAAUUUGAGGUCACACAUAAAAACUCAUACUGGAGAGAAACCUUUCAGCUGCUCAGUUUGUAAAGUUAGUUUCAUUCGCAGAGACGGUUUGACCAGACACAUGAGGAUCCAUACUGGGGAGAAACCAUUUAGUUGUUCAGUCUGUGGAAAAGGCUUUGCAGAACGCUCAAAUCUGAGGUCUCACACAAAAGUUCAUACUGGAGAAAAACCUUUCAGCUGCUCAGUUUGUAAACUUAGUUUCAGUGUCAGAAACAAUUUGUCCAGACACAUGAGGACCCACACUGGGGAGAAAUAAUUUAGUUGUUCUGUGUGUGGUCGAAGAUUUGCACAAAAUCCACAUCUGAUAUAUCACAUCAAUCAAUCAAACUUUUUUUAUACAGCACUUUUCAUCCAUUUAAAAUGCAACACAAAGUGCUUCGCAAGAUGAAAGAAUACAACAACAGAGAGAAUAAAAGCAUAAUAUGACGGACAAUAUCCCGCUUCCAGAUAUACACACAUGCGCUCACACAGACACACACACACACACACACACACACAGUGUGUCAACAGUUUCUGCGGUACUGAUGCUCUCCAGCAGGCUAUUCCAUAGUCGAGGGCCGUAACGGCUGAAUGCAGCCCCCCCGUGGGUUUUUGUAUGAACUAUACUAUAAUAAUAUAAUAAUUAAAGUCCAGUGCCGGAGGACCUCAGGACCCGCGAGGGUUGAUAUGAUAAAAGCAUGUCAGAUAAGUAAGUGGGCCCAAGACCAUGAAGACAUUUAAAAACUAAUAAAAGAACCUUAAAAUCGAUCCUGAAACACACGGGGAGCCAAUGCAGCGAUUUUAAAAUCGGUGUAAUGUGAGCCCGCCCUCUGGUCUUCGUCAGCACGCGUGCGGCUGAGUUCUGGAAUAGUUGCAGGUUAGAAAUGGUCUUUUUGGGGGGGGCCAGAGAGCAGGGCAUCACAGUAGUCUAAACGACAGGAGAUAAAGGCAUCAGCACCUCUGUGUUAGCUUGAGAGAGAAAUGGGCGGACUCUGGCGAUAUUCUUAAGAUGAUAAAAACCUUUUUUUGUUACAUUUUUAAUAUGUGGAAUAAAAUUCAGCUCAGAGUCAAAAAUGACGCCCAGGU